UUGAUGAUUGAUUUGGCAAAAUAAAAAAAAACUGUAAACCCUAAAAACCUCACCUUUUUUUUCCAAUUUUUGAAGCUUUUUCUUUCGAGUAUAUCUAUUACUUAUUUCUCCAUUGUCCUCUCUUUCAUUUCUCCAAUUGUCAAAUUUCCAAAUUUUUUUUUUUUUUACGUCCAAUUCCGCAUUUUCCCGUUCCAUUUUCACUGAUUCCCACAAGUUUGUAAAGGAUCUGAAGGUGGAAUUAGGGAGAUGGGUUUUGUUCCAUCUGACGAAUUACUGGGAGCUUUUGCUCCGAUUGUGGUGUAUUGGGUUUACUCUGGGAUUUAUGUAUCGCUCUCAUCGUUGGAGAGCUAUAGAUUACAUUCCAAGGUUGAUGAAGACGAGAAGAAUCUUGUCUCCAAGUCCAAUGUUGUUAAAGGUGUUCUUCUCCAGCAGUUUAUUCAAGCCAUCGUCGCUAUCCUUCUAUUCACGGUAACAGGAAGUGAUGCUGAUUCCAGCAAGACGAAACAGUUUUCUCUAUUGGUUUUAGCUAGCCAGUGUGUAACCGCCAUGUUAGUCCUUGACACAUGGCAAUACUUCAUGCAUAGGUAUAUGCAUCACAACAAGUUCUUGUACAAACAUAUCCACUCUCAGCACCAUAGGCUUGUUGUUCCCUAUGCCUAUGGAGCUCUAUACAAUCAUCCAGUAGAAGGACUUAUACUCGAUACAACUGGUGGCGCUUUAUCUUUUCUCAUUUCGGGUAUGUCUCCAAGAACUUCAGUCUUCUUCUUCUCCUUUGCAACUAUUAAAACCGUGGAUGACCAUUGCGGACUCUGCCUCCCUGGGAAUCUCUUCCAUAUCUUGUUUAAGAACAACACUGCGUAUCAUGAUGUGCAUCAUCAGCUUUAUGGAAGCAAAUUCAACUUCUCUCAGCCUUUCUUUGUCAUGUGGGAUCAGAUUCUCGGUACUUACAUGCCUUACUCACUUGAGAAACGGAAAGAUGGCGGAUUUGAAGCUCGUCCAACUAAACAAGUUAAAGACUGAUUUGAGUUGAGAGCCUGAGCUUUUGGAACACCUAGAGACUUACUUUGUAAUCAGAGGAGCUGAUUUGCUUCUCUCUAGAGCUACAUUAACCUUGGGUUUGAGAUUUGUAUAUAUUACACUACACGUUGUGGUGUACUAUAAUAUACGUGUUGAUUAUUUAAAUUUGACUUUGUAAGAAGAGAAUGAAACAGAGUUGGCUUAUGCAAAAACUAUUAAGUUGAGAAUUCAAUGAUACACCACAAGUUCCAAGCUU